AUGUCCAAUUUUUUAAAAUAAAGAGAAUUUUAAUAUGAAGAAGACUUAUAAAAGUUUAUAUAAUCUAUUUCUAGAUUUGUGGUAAGAUUGUUUAUUAAUUAAUAUUUAGCCAACUCAAAAGAAUUUAGAUACAGCAUAAAAAGUAUAUUUUAAAAGUAUAAUUUUCAUAUUCAUAUUUAAUAAGCAUUUUGAUCAAACUUGACGUAAUGAGUAAACUAGAUACUGCAAAUUGUUGAAAUACCUUAUUUAAAGAAUUGAAGAAAAUAAAAUUAAAAUAAGAUAUAAUGAUAUGUCACAAAGAAUAAUAGGUUUAUUAUAACUUUUAAAUUCUAAUUGGAUUGAAUACAAUUUAAAUCUGCAAACAAAUUAAAACAUUUUAAAAAGAAGAGAUAAUAAGAUAAUAAAUCAAUAUCUAGCAUAGAAGUAUUUAUUUCACAUUAAGUUUACAGUCAUUAAAAAUAUUUGUUAUUUGAAACUUCUUAAGAAAAAGUAGAUGAAGAAAACAUAAAUAAGAAGAAAUAAAAAUUUAAAAAAAUAAAAUGAAAUUAAAAGAGAGAUCAGAGAAAUGGCUUAAUAAAAAUAAAAUCUUACCUCCUCAAAAAAUAACUACCGAAUACAUUACGGCAUUUAAGUUUUGAUACAAAAAAGUCUUUUAAUGAAUUUUUAAAUAUCUGAUGGUUCAAUUAUUAAGAUUUUUGGAAUUAUUUGA